AUGGCUCCUCAAACCCCCCAGCCACCACCGGACUUCACCUUAGAUCCUGCGUCCAUAGUUCAACAUACUGAGCUGCUAAUAGCGGCAUCAGCAAAGGUUUGGGAUGCUGUAGCUCAGAUCUCUCCCGACGAAGCGACAUUUUCCAACGCUAUUCUGCCUUUAAUAUGCGAUGAAAAUGAUAGGAUGAGUAUCUCCCCCCAACUCGGGUUCCUUCAUAACGUGUCUCCCUUAAAGGAGCUCCGCGAGGCUUCCAAGGAGGCUAGGAAAAUCCUGAACCGCGAUAGCAUCGGCAGAUUUUCUCGAGCAGAUGUUUUUAGAGUUGUUAAUGCUGUAUGGCAGAAACAUGAGUCUCUUGAUCCGGAGUCGCGGCUCUAUGUGGAGAAGCUGCAAACGCAAUUCAUCAAAACAGGACAGGGGCUCACUGACGAGGCCGUGAAGGCCAAAGUGAAAGAUAAUCUUGUGAAGAUUAAUGAGCUCGAGAAUGAGCACAUUCGAAAUCUCGAUUCGGAUGUCGGCGGUUUGUGGCUUACACUAGAUGAGCUGCAAGGUGUCCCGCAGUCUCACCUUGACCGAUGGAAGGCAGAGGGCGAUAAGCGGUGGAUUGAUCACAAGAUCCCCAACUAUACAGCCGUGAUGCAACAUGCCUUAAGAGAUGACAUUCGGCAAAAAGUGUGGCUGGACAUGGAAAAUCGGGCAAAGGGCCUCAAUGGAGCCGGCCUCAAAGAGAUUCUUGUGCUUAGAGAUGAAGUUGCUCGUGCGCUUGGCUACAAGCAUCAUGCUGAAUUGCGAGAGAGUGACAGAAUCUUGAAAACAGAUGAUGCCGUUCAUUUCCUGAAUCGCAUCCGCGAUGUUCUUCAAGAACUAGGCACGUGCGAACUUGAGUCUCUAAAGGCAUUGAAAGCCAAAAAGACCCGAGAAGAACAAUCUCAAGAUGCACCCUUGUCUGAACAAUUUUUUCCAUGGGAUAGACCGUUUUUCCAACGCAUAGCAAAGCAGAAUUCUUUGCAAGUGGAUCAAGACGAGGUUGCCGAGUACUUUCCCUUUGACAGAUGCCUUUCGAGAAUGCUGUCUAUUCUUGGUGCCUUAUUUGGGGUGAAGUUUCUAAAGUAUUCGCGUGAUGCUCCUCAGAUUACCACGUGGCAUGAGGGAGUAGAUGUCUACUCUGUAUGGGAUGAGGAAGCCCAAGGAGGUCAUUUUCUCGGAUACCUCUAUAUGGAUGUAUUUCCGCGGGAUAAUAAAUAUGGCCACAAAGGAAUGUUCAAAAUGAGACCAGGAUAUGAACGGCAGGAUGGCUCGCGAAACUACCCUUGUUCUGCUUUCAUGACAAACUACUCACCCCCAAGCGCUACUCGCCCAAGCCUCUUGAAGAUUGCCGAGGUUGUCUCAUGCUUCCAUGAGCUUGGACACACACUGCACAACCUUACUUCAAAGACCAAAUAUGCGCGAUUUCAUGGGUCUUCGGUUCCACGCGAUUUCGUUGAGAUUCCAAGUAUAAUGCUAGAAGAAAUAUUCUGGAACCCUCACGUCGUGCGCAUGAUAUCUGGCCACUACCUGACAGAGCAAGACUCAGAGACUGAGAAGAAGCUGCCAGAAGACAUAAUUGAAAGACUUAUCGCUGACCAGUUUGCGCAUACGGGACUUGGCAAUCUCUCGACUCUUCAUUUUAGCAUGUUUGACCUCCUUAUUCACACACCUUCUGAUCACCAGGCAAUUUGUGACAUGAAUCUUGCGGUGGAGUUCAACAAGCUGCGUAGGGAAAUUUGCCUGGUUAGUGGCCCUGAGGAUAUUGGCUACGAAGCCGAUUUUGUUCACAGUUUCUGUCGUUUUCGUUUUCCUAUUGGGUACGAUACUGCGUAUUAUACCUAUCUGCUGUAA